AUGUCGCCGGACAAAGGCCAAGGAACAAUCCCCCUCGACGACAUGCGAAACCGAGCAUCUAAUGGCCACGCGGUCCUCCGCAAGGAGAGAAAACCGACCAAAUCCAGCGACAAGGACGAGGUUGAAGAGAAGAGCAAGGACGGCAAGAAAGAGAUGGACCAGAGUGACGACAAACCCGGGAACAGCCAGGAACAGCAAGAGGAUGCACCUGUCGAAGUAGACCUCCUUGACUUUUCAGACGAAGUCACCGAGCCCAUCGACCCAGAGCUUGUCCCUGCGAGGAAGUACACCUUGAGCGUACCAGCUCCUUUUCUCGACGAUACCUCUGACGACGGCUUUGACUUGACCAACAUUCCCGGCUCAAUAUACGCAUCAGCAGAGAGCUUCGAUAGUAUGGAGAGUGAAAGCUUUACACCGCGGCGACGCCUCUCCAUCGGACAGCGCGAUGAGCUCCGAGAUCAGGCCCAGCUCAGGCAGCUCCAAGACUCCAUUGCCAGGCUGACGGCCGAAAAAGAGAGCGCCGAAAGAGAGGCCGGCAGGGCGAUGCAGCAGAUACAAGAUUUGAAACAUUUGCUCAACUCUGACAUGGAGGAGAUUGCCAAGGAUGCGGACUCGCUUGGUCAAGAGCUGAGCAGGCUCAAGGAGGAGAAUCGCCUGUUGCGAGAGGAAUUAAACGAUGCGCAGUCGCACAUCUUCAGUCUCCAGCCGUAUCGUAAGGACCUUACGCCGGAGGAAGUAGGACGGCAAUACGACGACCUCAUUGAACAAGUCCAAGAUUGGGUUCAAAAAUUCAUGGAACCCUGGUUGGAUGACUACGAGUCUGGCAUCGAGGCUCUCGCCAACAGCGUCCGGAAGCAGUCUGGAGAAGCGUCCAAGUUUAAGAAAGCUCUGCACAAGCAUCCAGAUCUGGUCCACGCCUGCCUUUUCCCCGAGACGGACGAGGACAUUAUUGCCGCCCUCAUUCUGCGAUUUCUCAAUGAUCAUAUCUUCCAAAAGGUCCUUUACGGCUCUGCUCAGAACUAUACUGAGAUGGUGAGCUUUAUCGAGACGCAGAUGCAGACUUCGGUUGAGCCAAAGAGAGACUUGUUUGCAGUUCGCACAUGGACUGCCGAAAGCUACAGCGCCCUGAUGAGCGCGCCGCAGUUUAAAUCGGUGCGCACGCGGCGCAGCAGGGACCUGACGCUGGAUCUCGCAGAUAUCCUUCGCAUCUUUUGCAAAAAAGACAAGUUUCAGUGGUUUUGCCAGAACAUGGAGGAGAACUGCGUCAAGCCCGCCAUGGCGCUCUACGAAAAGAUCCAGGUGUCUACGCACCACUUCUAUCUCGACAUCCAGCCGUACAUCUCGUGGAGCGGCUCUCGGUUCGCGCUCUCGCCAGAGUUUGUCGAAAACGUCGACAAGCUUGAUUGCCGCAACAUUCUGCAGAGCAGGAAGGCCUUCAACAUGGCCAAGCUUGAUCCUCGACCCACAAAGAAGGAGCUCUACCUGGAUCUGUUCAACGUGUGCACCGUUGUCCCAGCUCUGUACAUCCGCCAGAUUGGGCAGCGUGACGCCAUCAAGGCCCCGUCGAUUGUACGCAAGCAGCAGAUGCUGGUGGCCUGGGGCCCCGAGGAGAAGAGGGACAAGUUUGUAGAAGACGGCGACCCGUCACUUGUCGCUUACCUCUGCUUCCCAAAGUCGCGGAAGAAAGGAGAAGGGUGGCUGGGUUGA